AUGUCUUCCCGGCCAGAUUUGAAGGUCGACGACGAAGUCGGUUUCAUUCGCUUUUACCGUUCACUCCCCACAUCCGACAACAAUGAGACCGUUCGAGUGUUUGACCGGGGUGAAUUCUACUCGGCCCACGGUUCUGAUGCCGAGUUCAUUGCCCGCACCGUGUACAAGACGACUGCGGUGCUCCGCAACCUGGGCCGCAGCGAGACAGGCGGCCUGCCGUCUGUCACCAUGAGCGUGACGGUAUUCCGAAACUUCCUGCGCGAGGCUCUCUUCCGCCUCAGCAAGCGCGUCGAGGUCUGGGGGUCCGGCGGUACAGGCAAGGGGAACUGGAAACUCGUCAAGCAGGCCAGUCCCGGGAACCUACAGGAUGUGGAAGAGGAGCUGGGCAGCGUCGGAGCAUUGUCCAUGGACUCGGCGCCGAUUAUCCUGUCGGUGAAGAUCUCUGCUCGGGCGACGGAGGCGCGUAGUGUCGGGGUGUGCUUUGCGGACGCGAGCGUGCGCGAGCUGGGUGUUAGCGAGUUCCUCGACAACGACAUCUACUCCAACUUCGAAUCACUGGUUAUACAGCUUGGUGUCAAGGAGUGUUUGGUGCAGAUGGAUUCCACGCGGAAGGAUGUCGAGCUGGGCAAGAUCCGCGCGAUUGCCGACAGUUGCGGAAUCGCCAUCUCCGAGCGGCCUGUGGCGGACUUUGGAGUGCGUGAUAUCGAACAGGACUUGUCCCGACUACUGCGGGAUGAACGAUCGGCAGGCACUCUGCCUCAGACAGAGCUGAAGCUAGCCAUGGGCUCGGCGGCGGCCUUGAUCAAGUACCUCGGCGUGAUGACCGAUUCCACCAACUUUGGUCAGUAUCAACUCUACCAGCAUGACCUGUCUCAGUACAUGAAGCUGGAUUCUUCGGCGCUGCGUGCGUUGAACCUUAUGCCCGGCCCGCGGGACGGGUCCAAGAGCAUGAGCCUGUUUGGUCUGCUGAAUCACUGCAAAACACCCGUUGGCAGUCGGUUGCUGGCGCAAUGGCUGAAGCAGCCGCUGAUGGAUCUGGCCGCCAUUGAGCAGCGACAGCAGUUAGUCGAGGCAUUUGUGGUCAACACGGAGCUGCGUCAGAGCAUGCAGGAGGAGCAUCUGCGCGCCAUUCCGGACCUGUACCGGCUGGCCAAACGUUUCCAGCGGAAACAGGCCAACCUGGAGGAUGUUGUUCGUGUAUACCAGGUCGCGAUCCGUCUGCCUGGAUUUGUCAGUGCGCUCGGGGAUGUGAUGGAUGAGCAGUACCAGACGCCGCUGGAGGCGGAAUAUACGUCGAAGCUCCGUGGCUAUUCCGAUAGCUUGGCCAAGCUCGAGGAGAUGGUUGAGACGACGGUGGAUCUCGACGCCUUGGAAAACCACGAGUUCAUUAUCAAGCCCGAGUUUGAUGAUAGCCUUCGGGUCAUUCGAAAGAAGCUGGACAAGUUACGGUACGACAUGGACAUGGAACACCGCCGGGUUGCGCGGGACUUGAAUCAGGACAUGGAGAAGAAGCUCUUUCUGGAAAACCACCGAGUACAUGGCUGGUGCUUCCGCCUGACCCGUACCGAGGCCGGUUGUAUUCGCAACAAGAAAGAGUAUCAAGAAUGCUCCACCCAGAAGAACGGAGUGUACUUUACCACGUCAACGAUGCAGUCUCUCCGCCGAGAGCAUGACCAACUGUCCUCCAACUAUAACCGCACCCAGACCGGGCUUGUUACCGAAGUUGUCAACGUCGCCGCCUCGUACUGCCCCGUUCUGGAACAGCUCGCCGGCGUUCUGGCGCACCUCGAUGUGAUUGUCAGCUUUGCUCAUGCAUCGGUCCAUUCUCCCUCGGGGUAUGUCCGUCCGAAGAUGCAUCCCCGAGGAACCGGAAAUACCGUGCUUAAGGAAGCGCGCCACCCGUGCAUGGAGAUGCAAGACGACAUCUCGUUUAUCACCAACGAUGUCUCCUUGGUGCGCGACGAGUCGUCAUUCCUUGUCAUCACCGGUCCCAACAUGGGCGGCAAGUCUACCUACAUCCGCCAGAUCGGUGUGAUCGCGCUCAUGGCCCAAACGGGCUGUUUUGUGCCCUGCACCGAGGCCGAGCUGACCAUCUUUGACUGCAUCCUUGCGCGAGUGGGUGCCAGUGACUCGCAACUCAAGGGCGUGUCGACAUUCAUGGCGGAGAUGCUGGAGACGGCCAACAUCCUCAAGUCCGCCACCUCGGAGUCGUUGAUCAUAAUUGACGAACUCGGGCGUGGUACCAGCACCUACGAUGGAUUCGGUCUAGCUUGGGCCAUCUCGGAACACAUUGUAACCGAGAUCCGCUGCUUCGGCCUCUUCGCCACGCACUUCCACGAGCUGACCGCUCUGGCCGACCGCUACCCGAAAUCCGUACAGAACCUGCACGUCGUGGCAUUCAUCGGUGACGGGACCGAGCCCGAUCCAGAUGCUGAAGCCGACUUCCAGAAGAAGCGACAGGUCACCCUUCUCUACCGCGUGGAGCCCGGUAUUUGCGACCAGUCAUUUGGGAUUCACGUCGCCGAAUUAGUGCGCUUCCCCGACAAGGUCGUCAACAUGGCCCGUCAGAAAGCUGAGGAGCUGGAGGAUUUUACGUCGGCGACUGCUGAGAAUGCUGAUAAACAAGCACCUGCGCCCUCUAUGGACAAGUACUCCCAAGAGGAGGUCGAGGAAGGCAGUACGCUCCUCAAGGAGAUGCUGCUGAAGUGGAAGGCGGAGAUCGAAGGCAAGGACCUGACAUCGGAGCAAAAGCGGCAGCUUAUGCGUGAACUGGUUCAGGCCGAUGGCAAAUUGCAGGCCAACAAAGUGUUUCAAGGGAUUCAGGCUUUAUAA